AGCUACCCAGCAGCCUGGUUUUGCCACUACCCAAGAAGGCAAUGCCCACAAGUAGUUGUGAGAGCAAAAUAAGCUACUGAUGUAAUUCUCUAUAAACUGUUGUUUGCACAUCCCUUGUGUUUAAUAGCCUUGAGUGAAUUUUCAUUGAUGGAAGAAGGAUCUAGUUACUUUUUGAAGCACUGUGAAUUUUUAGCAUCCAUGGUGUCCAAUGGAAAAGAGUUGAAGAGGUUAAUGACAGGUUAACAGGCUGUAAAGAUCCACCUCCUUUGGUUUGUUUGAAACCACUACCUGCUGGCUUUAUGCAAGUCUCUUGGUUUUCCUACUGGAAAAGAAAGUGAAAACGAUUGUCCUGCAAUUCCUUGUCUAUAGGGUUUGUUAUAUUGUCUCGUCAUUUCAGCCACUCUGCUGCAUCUAUGGAACUGAAAAACAUUUUUGAUCGUCGUUGUUGCCUUUAUUUGUACAUAUUCCUACUGUAUCCCUUUUCAGUUGGAGGGACAGGAGUGACACAUAAUAUUCGAGAUACAAAUAUACGAUGUAUUUUUACGAUGACAUAAUGAUGCUUAGUUUUCUGUUGCUUUCCUAAUAAACCCUAUUAUUGCUUUUCCUUCCUUGACUGCUUCUUGAGCCUUGGGCAGAUGUUUUCGUGGGUUACCCUCAGAUAAUCCUGAGAUCUUGUUGCUGAGUGAUAACGUUAUCAGCUCAGAGACUGUCAUUGUGUACGGAAAGUCAAGAUUGUUUUUUUUUCCCUCUUUGUUUUGACACGUGCGUUGCUUUACAUUUACCUACUCUGAAUUUCAUCUUUACCUCUCAGUUGCUCCAUAUCAGGAGGUCCUUCAGCAACCCCUCCCGUAAGCCCUAUCUUUACUACCUUGCGGCAAUUCAGUAUUGCUAACAAACUCCUUAAAGCACCGCUUGAAUAUAGUAUAUGCCUGUGACAAGCACAGCAUUUCUUGGAAGAACCGGUCGGUUUUAUUGCAUGCUUGCUUUGCAGUGCAUACAUCUGCUUCCAGCUCUUAAUAGCUUUGGAGAGAGCCUAUGAAAGAAGGAGGCUUGAAGUACACUGCUGCUGCAAGAGCAAUCCGUGUGCCAUAGGAUUUCAUUCAUCCUCUUGAGGGCUUCUUGAAUAAGCGCAGGCAACACGCCAGGUGAAUUGUCGUAGGUGCAUAUGCCUGGCGCCCCGGCAGUAAAACACUGGCUACCGGCCCAGCUUGUAAAACAGGCAUUAGUUAAUCUUCUUGCACAAACGCAGUGCACACAAACAGUUGUAGACUCAUUUCUUAAUUGCACAGGAACUGACUAGUCCCAGCACAAGAUGGAGGAGAAUGAUUUUAUCUGGAGCUGCAACACACAGAAAUCUGCUCCAUGAAUCCACUCCAUGGACUGGGGAUCAAAUUUUAACAAAGUUGACUCAGCCGUUUCUUCUAAGGUGGUUAAGUGAAGUGAAGUCUGAUCACUGAUUACUACAAAAAGCCUUUAUAAUCUUGUCAAACUAGAAAUAAAAUAGAAUAAUUUUAUGUUCUUGGGAACAUGGAAGAUAGCUGGUAAUCUCUCCAGUGAAGGUCACACUGGUCCAGUGUGUUUAAACAGAAAAACAAACCCAAUAGCAAGCGUGCCAACAGCCUGAGUCACUCUAUCUGCUUUCUCAAUCGGCAUUCCCUUUCUAUUAUUUGAUUGCUUUGUCCCACCCUCCUCAUGGAUUAUUAUUGUACAGUUCUCAACUUACAUGAGCAGUUCAUUAGGGAUGGGGCUUUAAUUAUGUUUUGCCCAAUACCACAGUAUGAAUAAGUUAGAGUAGAUAAGAUUCUAGAGGGUUUUUGCAAUAGUCAAGGAUAUGCCUUGGUGUCUUUGGCAACAGAAUCCCUGUCCUGACACUUUGUCUGUCACCAUCCUCCCUCACCCCGGGAUGUCGGUAGUUGUAAUCCAGAGCAAAAGGCAGGAGGUGAUGUGUGCGUGUGUUGGUAUGUCCGGUCUCUGUCACAGCAGGGUCUCCCGCAGCCAGUGAGGCACAAGCAGCAUAGGAGCUGCUGGUUUCUUUAACAGCUGGAAGUGGCACUGGGGCAGGAAGAAAGUAAAGAAUGAGGUGAAGGGCAGAAACUGGAGUCUUUCGGCCACGGACCUGAUACUCAUUUUGGAAAGGACUGUUUCGGAUGAAGACGUCACUGUACCCACAUCUGCUGUCAGAAAAGAGAGAGGAGAAGCAGCUGGAGCUGACCCUGGAAGCACUCAUCAGUCAGGUGGCCGACCUGAAGAACUCCUUGGUCAGUUUUAUCUACAAGCUGGAGAACGAGUAUGACCGACUCACGUGGCCUUCAGUUCUGGACAGCUUUGCAUUGCUCUCAGGACAGCUGAACACCUUGAAUAAAGUGCUAAAGCAUGAGAAGACCCCACUAUUACGAAACCAGGUUAUCAUACCCCUAGUACUGUCUCCAGACCGCGAUGAGGAGAUCAUGCGGCAGACAGAGGGGCGUGUGCCCGUGUUCAGCCAUGAGGUCGUGCCUGACCAUCUUCGAACUAAGCCUGACCCUGAGGUGGAGGAGCAAGAGAAGCAGCUGAUCACAGAUGCAGCUCGAAUUAGCCCUGAUGUGGCACAGAAACAGAUCCAAAGUCUGAACAAAAUGUGCUCAAAUCUGCUGGAGAAAAUCAGUAAGGAGGAGCGUGAAUCUGAAAGCGGAGGUUUACGACAGAACAAGCAGACUUUCAACCCUGCAGAUACCAAUGCACUGGUAGCAGCUGUGGCCUUUGGGAAAGGACUGUCAAACCGGAGACCCCCUGGCUCUGGAGCAUCUGUCCAGUCAGGUCAACCAGGAGCUGGUGCCAUCAUUGCAGGUGCUUCAGGCAUGCAGCAGGUCCCAAUGUCAGGUGCACCAGCUCAGCAGCAGCCAAUGCUGGCAGGAGUGCAGAUGGCACAAGCAGGACAGCCAGGAAAAAUGCCAAGUGGCAUAAAAACAAACAUCAAAUCUGCUUCAAUGCAUCCAUAUCAGAGAUGAGCUGAGAUGAACCAGACCCAGGGAUCAGCAGUUACCAGCGUUGUUCCCACUGCAGCCACCACACCUGGAUUCCAUCUAGGACUUCCAAGUCCCUUCACAUAUCCACACACCAUAUUUAGGGAGAUAGGGGUUAUGAGGCCCUUCCCUGGGCUUUGUUUAGUGCCAGGUAGCUUGUGUGGAGCUGUUUGCGGCUAUGUCUCCAGGAUACAAGUACUUCUCUGUUCAGUCAGAGCAGAGGACUUUGCUUCUGGUAUUGAUCCCAUCUUCAUGUCUGGCCUGGAGGAGAACUACCCUUUCCUGAUACAGAACCUGAAGAUAUGCACAGAGCAGUCUGUUCCUUGUUUCUGCUUGUUCACUGCUUUCUUUACUCCCUCUUGUUGAAUAAAGACCUUGUUAUGCA